AGUUUGAGCUCCGUGUGGCACGUUGUAAACUUCCUCCGUAGCUCUGCACCGGCUUCGCGGCGCGCUGAGAGAGGGCUGGUGUGUGGGAGGUCUCCUGUGAGCCACGUACUUUUUUCUGCCUCCUGACACAUCCUCCCACCCCGGUCAAGGAUUUGGGGAUGCCAGCGGGGAAGAAGGUGGUCGGGGGUGGCAGCAGCGGUGCUGCCCCCACUGCCCUUGCGGCCUCUGGGCCCAGGCGUUUGGAAACCAACGAAGGGGCGUCAGCCCAGAGAGAUGAUGAGCCAGAGGAGGAAGGAGAAGAGGACCUGCGAGAUGGAGGCAUCCCCUUCUUUAUCAACCGGGGUGGGCUGCCUGUGGACGAGGCCACCUGGGAAAGGAUGUGGAAGCACGUGGCCAAGAUCCACCCCGAUGGAGAGAAGGUGGCCCAGCGGAUCCGUGGGGCCACGGACCUGCCCAAGAUCCCCAUACCGACUGUGCCUACGUUCCAGCCCUCCACGCCCGUCCCUGAGCGCCUGGAAGCCGUGCAGCGCUACAUCAGGGAGCUGCAGUACAAUCACACAGGGACACAGUUCUUUGAAAUUAAGAAGAGCAGACCUCUGACAGGGCUGAUGGACCUGGCCAAGGAAAUGACCAAAGAGGCUCUGCCAAUCAAAUGCCUGGAAGCCGUGAUCCUGGGAAUUUACCUCACCAACAGCAUGCCCACCCUGGAACGCUUCCCCAUCAGCUUCAAGACCUACUUCUCAGGGAACUACUUCCGCCACAUCGUGCUGGGGGUGAACUUCGGGGGCCGCUACGGGGCCCUGGGCAUGAGCCGGCGCGAGGACCUGAUGUACAAGCCGCCGGCCUUCCGCACGCUCAGCGAGCUCGUGCUGGACUACGAGGCCGCCUACGGGCGCUGCUGGCACGUGCUCAAGAAGGUGAAGCUGGGCCAGUGCGUGUCCCACGACCCGCACAGCGUGGAGCAGAUCGAGUGGAAGCACUCGGUCCUGGACGUGGAGAAGCUGGGCCGAGAGGACUUCCGGAAGGAGCUGGAGCGGCACGCCCGCGACAUGCGCCUCAAGAUUGGCAAAGGGACUGGCCCUCCCUCCCCCACCAAGGACCGGAAGAAGGAUGUGUCCUCCCCACAGCGGAGCCAGUCCAGCCCCCACCGCAGGAACAGUCGCAGCGAAAGGCGGCCUUCGGGUGAGAAGAAGCCUUCUGAGUCCAAAGCCAUGCCAGACCUCAACGGGUACCAGAUCCGGGUGUGAGGCGGGUGGCAGCGCCCCGGCCUCGCCACCUCUGGAGGCCAGGAUCCAUCUGCCAGAAUCAGCCUCGCUCGCUCGUGGGGAGGGAGGGGCAGGUGACGGGGCAGGGCUGGGGCAGCAGGAAGAGCGUGUCCGAGCUCAGCUAGCCAAGCUGCUGCCCCUCCUGCUGGGCCAAGCCUCCUAACUUUGGGCUGAGAGGCAGUUAGUAUUGUAUUUGGAGUUUUUAACUCAACAACUGAAGUUUAAGGUAUUUGGGAAAAACUUAAAACGAAUGGAUCUGCCAGUGGCUAGAAGGCCAGUGCUUAAGAGAUCGAAGUGCCACGGGGCUGAGCAAGGAGGGGUUACCGGCUCUGCUGGUGCCCCUGCUCCUGGCAUCUCUCCGGGAUUUAGGUCCAUCCUAUCUGUGGAAACCUCCCAGCCCCACUGGUCCUGUGGCAGGCCGGGGGGCAGGGGGUGGAGGUGUUUCUCCAGUCUGCCUGCCCUGGCAGAAUCUUGACCCAGGGAAACGGAAGCAGGGUAGGAAUCAUACUGGGAAAGGUAUGUGUGGCCCAUAUCUAGAGCUUGGUACAGGCCACAUCUGCCCCAAGUGUGGGAGCCCCCUGGCCCAGGAGAGCCCCCUGCACAGUGCUGUGUGCGCUGACACUGCCUACUGGCACAG